UUUUCUUCUCCAAUGCAAACUCCAUCUCCUCCUCUCCAAUGCUAUUUAUUCUUCCACACACGCAGGCCAGCUUCUUGCCAACAGCUAGAGAAGAGAACAUACAGACGAGUUUGUGCUUCUCCUUGGAGAAGAGAGUUUCUUGAAUUCGAUCGCCUAAUCUGUAUAGAUCGAGAUAACUGAAGCUGUCGCUUGAUCUGAGUGCAGGCACAGGUUGGUGAUCAUAUGGACGCCAUGGAAUCAUGCGUCCCUCCUGGGUUCAGGUUCCACCCCACCGACGAGGAGCUCGUCGGCUACUACCUCCGCAAGAAGGUCGCCUCCCAGAAGAUCGACCUCGACGUCAUCCGCGACAUCGAUCUCUACCGCAUCGAACCCUGGGAUCUCCAAGAACAUUGUGGGAUCGGGUACGAUGAGCAAAGCGAGUGGUACUUCUUCAGCUACAAGGACAGGAAGUACCCGACGGGGACGAGGACGAACAGGGCGACAAUGGCGGGGUUCUGGAAGGCGACGGGGAGGGACAAGGCGGUGCACGACAAGAGCAGGCUCAUCGGCAUGAGGAAGACACUCGUCUUCUAUAAGGGCAGGGCGCCUAAUGGCCAGAAGACCGACUGGAUCAUGCACGAGUACCGCCUCGAGACCGACGAGAACGCGCCGCCACAGGAAGAAGGAUGGGUGGUGUGCCGAGCAUUCAAGAAGAGGACGGCGUAUCCGGCGAGGAGCAUGGUGGAGACGUGGGACUACUCCUUGCACGAGCGCAACAUCAUGAGCGCCGCGGCGGCGGCGGCGUUCGCCGAUCCGAGCGCGGCGUACGCGCAGAUGAGGCGGCAGCACAGGAGCGGGCGGUUCAAGCAGGAGGCGGAGCUGGACGGCGCCGCCACAGCCCUCCUCCACUACUCCAGCCACCUCGCCGAGCUGCCGCAGCUCGAGAGCCCCUCCGCGGCUGCGGCGCCGCUCCAGCCCAACCCGAGCCAGCUGGCCACCGCCGGCGAGGACGACGACUGCAAGGGCGAUAAUGGCGGUAGGAGGGCCAAGAAAGCCCGCGCCGCCGGCGACAAGGUGGCGACGACCACGGACUGGAGAGCGCUCGACAAGUUCGUCGCGUCGCAGCUUAGCCCCGGGGAGUGUGGCAGCAUGGAGGCAACGGCGGAAGCCGCGGCGGCGGCAGUCGCCGGUGUGAGCUCGCCGCUGGACCACGGCGAUGACGACAUGGCAGCAUUGCUGUUUCUCAACAGCGACGAGAGAGACGAGGUCGACAGGUGGACGGGGUUGCUCGGCUCCGGCGCCGGCGCGAGCGGCGUCGACGGCGACCUCGGAAUCUGUGUGUUUGACAAAUGAGGGACAAAGCAUUCACAGCACGAUGUGUUCAUCACAUCAACCGGAUGGGAUAUAUGGUUAUAGCUGAAAUUUUUAUAAAUUGUUCUCUUUUUUUUUCUUCUGCUUCUUUUUAUGUUCCCAAAUGUGAUUGUAACCUUUAAUCGAUCUGUCCCCUGUGCAGAGUCAUAAGAUGCAUGGCAUUGCAAUGUGCUUUUUUUUUCCCAGUUGAUGUGAUCCUACAUUGGCACUUUGUAAAUGUCUUUGACUCCCAGCUGGGUGGCAUAUAUAGUACACUGUACUCUCUACAGUAAUUAAUGACAUAAUAUUUGAAGUCA